CCAGCACACGGACGGUAAAGGCAUUGUACUGAUCGCUGUUACGGUAUUUCAGGCUGGAAUUGAAAUGUACGAGCGUUCAGCUAGCUCAUGAGAGAAUCAUCGUAGCAAUAUAUAAUUCAGUACUUUCUGGGCAAGGCUGCAUACUUUCAUCACUGGUAUAGUUAUCGUAUUCUGAUAUGAAUAUGGACUGGUGCAUGCGAAGGGAGGUCCACUGUUACAACUAGGUAGAGAUUCAUACAAAAACACUGCGGAUUGCCUUGGUUUUCCUGGCCCGAGGAUGUUUUCAAGAAGUGGCCACCUGUCAUUGGUCUCCAACGACGAUGGUGAUCUCAAUUUUACGUCCAUCUUCGGAAGAAAGCGUGGUAAUGACGAUGUGACAUGGACAACACCGGCGAGAGAUCAACUCCCCAAGAUAAAGGUGGAGCCGAUGUUUCGGGACAAGUUGGAGCAUAUACUGCGGCAUCGUCCAGAGCCUGAUCCUGGCGAGGAGGAGAGGGAUGAGGCCAGUAGUGAGGGCGAACACGGUGCUCAGGUUUCGACUUUAGAUACGACAUGUAGUACUUUAGACACGAGUGCCUUUGGUCAGUAUGAUCUUCAGUCAGCUGAUCGUGUUGAGGGUCCGACCAGAAUUGCUGACGACGAGAGUGAGGGGUCCUCGUCUGAUACCGACUCGGCUCCCAUUAGAAGUCCUUUUGAUAUUAGGCUCUACGCGGGGGCUUUGAGCUAUAACAGUUGGGACAGGCCAAGGAAUGGCAGCGUCUUUGACUCGAAUACCUUUGACACAUUUGAGACGUUUGAAACAAUAGCAUUUAGCGCGGAAAGUUCUGUGUCGGAUACCGAUUGGCACAUCAUUCCGGAGCCCGCCUCCGCGGUAACAGCACAAGACAACACUGAGUGGGAUGGAAGGCACAUGGCGGCUUAUGGGGCGUCUCUUCACGUACCCUCCACUGGUGACGAUAGACGAGGUAGUAUUAGGUCGAGUUCUUCAAAGAAGUCAGUGACGUUUUCUGAAACUGCGCCGGUGUACAUCGAAAAUGCCCCGGUGUACAUCGACAAUGACCCGGUACGCAUUAACGUAAAUGAUCCGGAAUACAUCGAUGUUGAACCGUCACCGGAUUACGAAGACGAAAUCAAAGUUCCUGCGGCGCCUAUGCAAGACAGCCACAAGAGACAGGGCACAACAAGAGGCAAGGACAUCAUACGGCUGAGGGAAAUCUACGGCAAACCCAUCGUGUCCAGCACUGCUGUGGCCAAGGUGAAUCCGAUAUAUGUCGAAGAUCGGUUGGAUUCGGCUGAGGAACAACAUGAAUCUCUCACAAAGCCGGAGGUGGCACUGUCCAUCAAUGACACCUACCUCAAACAACUACGGAUAGAGAAAUAUAGACUCAAGUCGGAUGUUAAGAAUAAUAAUGAUCCAUUGGUCGACGUUGGAGGGAAGGAACCUCACGAUAUUGAUGGUAUUUGGACAAUCGAUAAAAAACAGUCAAUCUCGAAUUCGUUGGACUACGAGUUGCGGGGCUAUGACACACUCAUCAAAAAGACAUUAGACAAGGAAAGAAGGCGCAAAACUGGUCUCCUUAUCGUACUGGCUAUGCUUGUGUUCCUCUUCUUAGCUUGUGGGAUAGGUAUGAUAGUAUACUUCGCUAAACAUGCUUCGUGAUGACGUUUUCUGUAAAUGCCUUCCUGAACAUACGUUAGGCGUUUCUUGCACCCUGCGCUUGAUUGCCUCUCUAGUCUAUAUUUCUCAGGCAAAGCGAGGUGAGUAACAAAGGCCGAUGCGCAAUGUACGCGGCUAUAAAUUGACUGAGAGACAGUAUCGAAUGAUACAUACUAAAAAGCCAGUUAAAUCAGCAUGUACAACCACAGGCAUAUGAAGAUCAAAACUCCGGCCCAACGUUUAACACUCGUGAUGAGUGUUGUCAGUUGAGCUGGAGUUUUGACCUUCAUGUGCCUGUGGUAACCUUUCCGAGAAUCUCCCACCACUCAGAGGCACGGCAAGCACCUCUCAGAGCGAAUUCAGUCGCACACUGAAGGCCAUAUUUUAUGCUGUAAGCUGUAUAUGCUGGGCCCUAGAGCCUGGACGUUGUCGGUGCCCCUCCUUCAUGAAGGAAGGAAGGAAGGCGGAGACUUUGACGACUGACUCACACCGCCGCCGAUAAAUCGCUCGGCCUAUGUGAUGGUGAAAAUGAAGAUGCUGAAUAUGACAUUCAUAAGUAGGGUAUGUUUGAUCAGCGAAGCUGCAGAGCUGCCUGGCCAAAGCACGGAGCCCAUUCAUUGCUUGUCCGAGAGACACGUUCUAAAGAUGACCACGGACAUCUGCGACAGUUACCUUUGUUAAGGCGGUGCGCCAACUGCGUCUUAUAUUGAUGCAGUUUUCGUUGGCAUUGUAUACAACGUAUUGCAAUAAUCAUAAACAUAUCAUACUGGUGAAGACGCUGGGUUGUAUGAACUAAUGGCCUUGUAAAAUCGUAUUUGAAUGUGUCUUAAUCUAUU